AUGUCGAACCAAGCUGCGUGGAUCACAGAGGCCAAGAGCAACCCGCUCCAGGUCAAGGAGGCUGCUAUGCCGACUGCGGGGAAGGGCGAGGUCGUGGUGAAGAACCAUGCUGUUGCUGUUAACCCUGUGGAUUGGAAGAUCCAGGAUUCUGGCAUGUUCCUGCAGAAGUACCCGAAUGUCCUGGGCGAGGAUGUAGCAGGCGAGGUAAUCGAGGUCGGAGAAGGUGUAACGCAGUUCAAGAAGGGCGACCGAGUGCUCGGACAUGCUUUCUCCCUCGUUACCAACGACCCAACACACGGCGGCUUCCAGCUCUACACAGCCCUCAAGGCCUUGGUCGUCUCGAAGAUCCCGUCCGACCUCUCGUACACCGCAGCCACCGUGCUGCCCCUCGCAAUCUCCACCGCAGCAGCCUGUCUCUUCAAGAAGGAGACUCUAGCCCUACCGCUGCCAACAAGCGCUGAGGCCAACCCACCGUCGACUGGAAAAUCAGUUCUGGUAUGGGGCGGCUCAAGCAGCGUUGGCGCGGCAGCGAUUCAGCUAGCCGUCGGCGCAGGCGUGAAAGUCGUCAGCAUUGCAAGCAGUCACAAUCUCGAGAAGCUGAAGAGCAUGGGCGCUACCGCGGCGUUCGACUACAAGUCUUCCACCGUCGCAGACGACAUCAUCAAGGCGCUUGAAGGCACAGAGUUCGCUGGUGUCUGCGAUUGCAUUGGUACAUCCGACGCUGCAGCAGCCUGGGCACCUGUGUUCAAGAAGUUGGGCGGACGCUAUGGAACAGUCAUGCCAGGAGCUAAGGGCCUUCCAGAGGGCAUCGAGGGCACGAACGUGUUCGCCCCAAGCGUCGCUCUGGACGAUCGGUACAUUGGCGAGGCUGUCUGGGCGAAGUGGGUGCCAGAAGCGUUGGAGAAGGGCACACUCAAGGCCCUGCCGGAAGCCAUUGUGAUCAAGGGCGGUCUUGACGCGGUACAGAAGGGUGUCGACGCGCAGAAGAAGGGUGUGAGCUUUGGCAAGAUUGUCGUCGAAUUGUAG